AUGCCAAAGCCUGCUGAUGACCAGACACAUGAAGGAGACUCAAUUUAUCCGUUCGAUAACGACGAUCAACCUAUGCAUUCAAUGAUAUCACUUUACUGGAAUGGAGGAGAGAAGAUCUCCGAAAGCGAAGACUCGACUACAUAUCAAUCAACUUCGUCAUCAAUGAAAUACCCAUCACUAGUCAAGAUAGUUCCCUUCAAUUAUAAUGAUUAA